AUGAUAAAAAAAAUAAGAAAAUAUAAUAUUUUUUUUAUAUCGUAUAAAAGAGGAAUUCUUACACUAAAUGAUAUAGACGUAACAAAAUUAUCUACAAAAUGUUUAGGUAAUUAUGCAUUUGAUAUUUUGAGAUUAUCUAAGGAAAAUAAAGAAUUAUAUGAAAACUUUAAGAAUAGAGUAAAUAGUGAUAUAAAUUUGCUAGAUGCGAAAGAUUGUUAUAGAAUAUUGAAGUCAUUAGAAAUAAGUAAAAUGCUGAAUGAGGAAGAUUUACUAAAGAAUAUUUUAAAACAAAUAUCAGUACAAACUUGUAGUUAUUCUGUGAAGGAAAUAUGUGAUAUAUGUUUUUUAUGUUCCAAAUUAAACUUAAUUUAUAUUCCAUUGUUUGCAUCUCUAUCUGUUUCGUUUUUAAAUAAAAUAAAUUUAGCUACCCCAGAAAAUUUAUCAACUAUUUGUUUAAGCUUUUGUAAAAUUCAGAUAAAAGAUAUAAAUUUAUUCAACAGAAUAGCAGUUGCAACAUUAAAUUUAUUGCACUUAUUUGACAUAGAAAGUUUAAUAAAUGUGCUGAUUUCAUUUAGUUAUUUAGAUAUAAAAAAGGAACUUCUAUUAUAUUCAUCUGUUGAUAUUUUCAUUAAGUAUCAAAAUAAAUUAGAUGCAAACCAGCUAGUAAAAGUAGCGUAUAUUUAUUCAAAAUUCAAUAUAAUAAAUAGUGAUUUAAAUUCAAUGCUUCAAGAUAAAUUACCCCCAUAUAUCUCUUCUUUAAACAAUAUACAAUUGUCCGAAUUAAUAAUUUCUUUAAAUAAAUUGUGCAUUAACUAUUAUCCAAUAAAUAAAUUUUUUACCAAUGUAAACUUGUUAAAUUUAAAAUUUGCUAUAGCAAUAAAAGUUAUAAAUGCCUUAUCUCAAUUGAACAGUAUUAAUAUAGAAUUCAAAUAUGAUGAAAUAUUAUUUUGUAUUAAUAAUUUUAUUUUUAUUCAUGGUAAUAUUAAAAACUUGAAUGAGAAGAUGCAUAAAGACCUUCUAAAACAUUUUAACUUGUCAUAUAAUAUAAAAAAUAUUAACAAUAAUAUUUUUAAAGGUAAAUUUGAUACAAAUAAUUCUCAUAAGUGGAAAAAUUUAAAUAACAACAAUUUAUCUGAUAAUGAUUUAAUAUAUAAUAAUUUUUCUGAAAAUGAUUUAAUAUAUAAUAAUUUAUCUGAUAAUGAUUUAAUAUAUAACAAUUUAUUUGAUGAUAAUUUAAAUAGUGACAAUUUAUCUGAUAAUAAUUUAAUAUAUAACAAUUCACUUUACAAUGAUUCAUUUGUCAAUAAAGUUAAUUCUAAUCAUCUUAGUGAAAAUAUCAUUAAAAUAUAUUAUUAUCAUUUUAAUUUAAAAUAUAAAUUAAAACCAGAUUCUAUUUGUUUCUUGAGUGUUGAUAUAUUUGAAUCUUUAUGUAAUUUUUUAGUAAAAAAUAAUAUUAUAGAUUUUGAAGAGAAGUUAAAAUUAUAUUUAAAUUAUAUAAGUAAAGAAAUAAUAUUUUUAAAAGACUAUAUUAAUUUUGAUUGUUUAAUAAAAAUUUUCUCCUCUUUAUUAAAAACUCCUAUAAUAUGGAACUGGCAUUUUUUAGAUUUUAAUUUAAUCAAUUCAUCUAAAGAGAAAUUUUUAUUUUAUGUAGAUGGACAAAGUAACUUUUACGAAGAAUUAUUAAAAAGAUAUUUGGUUAUUUUCAGCACUUCUGAUAAUCCAGAUAAUCAUAGUACGAUAAUAUGUUCAAUAGUUAAUUUAUUUAAAAUAAAUGAAAAAAAAAAAUAUAACAUUUUAUUUGAAAAGUGUUUAGAACACUACUCUUUAAUAAAUCAAAAAAAUAAAAAUAAAAAUGGAAGUUAUAUAUUAGAACAGCAUAUCAUAUAUAAUUACAUAGACUAUCAUUAUAAAAAUAUUCAAUUAUGGAAUAUCAGUAAAUAUAAUUGCAUGUUUGACUUAAGUAAUAAAUGUGAUGAUUUCAGUAAUUCUAGUGAUUUUACUAAUUAUAAUUAUUUUAAUAGAGAUAAUAUUUUAUAUGGUUUAAAAAAUGUCAUACCUAAUAAAAUAUUACCAUUAGAAUUGUAUAAUAUCAUUUAUAAUUUUACAAAAAAUAUAAAAAUUAAUUUUAGAGAUAAUAUUUUUUAUAUUUCAUUAUUAGAAUGCGAUAAUUAUAUAGCUUAUCUAUUUUUACAGCCAGAAGAUUAUUUUUAUUCUUCUAAUGAACAUAAAGAAAUAAACUUUAUUAAUAAAAUAAUAAGAAAAAAUAAAGAUAAGAGAAAUCAAAAAAAUUCGAUAAUUUUAAUUAGUGAUAUUUCAUAUAAUCCAUAUGAAACUUUUUAUCAUGAUAAUUAUUUCAUUAAAUCAGAAGCAUUAAUUAAAAUAAAUUAUUUAUUAAUAAAAGGUUAUAAUAUAGUUGCAAUUCCCUUUUAUACUUGGAGAUGUAUGAGUUAUGAGGAUAAACAUAAAAGUAUUCAUACUCUUCGGGAAAAUAUUUUGAAUAGCUAA